AUCAAUCACAGUGUGUCAUGGAAGGCCAUCCUUCUUCUUGACGACCCGGAGGACGACAGUUGGAAAAAUUUUCACUUCGAUUUUCACCACCGAGGAACGCGGACGUGAUUUGGAACCAUUCUGCUUCCAUCUUCAAGCAUCGGAAGAAGCAUAUUUUGAAGCCCAAUUUUGGAACCGCUAGAAGUGCUCCAGGAUGCGUGAAAUCGUUCACAUUCAAGCCGGCCAAUGUGGCAACCAGAUAGGAGCCAAGUUCUGGGAGGUAAUAUCCGACGAGCACGGAAUCGAUGCCACCGGGGCGUAUUGCGGAGACAGCGAUUUGCAGCUGGAGCGGAUCAACGUGUACUACAACGAGGCUACCGGAGGAAAAUACGUCCCACGUGCCGUGCUGGUCGAUUUGGAACCUGGCACUAUGGAUUCGGUCCGAGCGGGACCGUUUGGACAGCUGUUCCGGCCGGAUAAUUUUGUGUUCGGUCAAUCUGGCGCCGGCAACAAUUGGGCCAAGGGACAUUAUACCGAAGGGGCCGAACUGGUCGAUUCGGUACUCGAUGUGGUCCGUAAAGAAUCCGAAGGCUGCGAUUGUCUGCAGGGCUUCCAGUUGACACAUUCGCUGGGUGGAGGAACCGGUUCUGGAAUGGGAACGCUGCUGAUUUCGAAGAUUCGAGAAGAGUAUCCAGAUCGUAUUAUGAACACAUUUUCUGUCGUUCCUUCGCCGAAGGUGUCUGACACCGUGGUUGAGCCGUACAACGCAACGUUAAGUGUUCACCAGUUGGUUGAGAACACGGACGAAUCCUACUGCAUCGACAAUGAGGCCCUGUACGACAUUUGCUUCCGAACGUUAAAACUAACAACCCCAACUUACGGCGAUUUGAACCAUCUUGUUUCGGCAACGAUGUCCGGCGUUACCACGUGUUUGCGUUUUCCUGGUCAGUUGAAUGCAGAUCUCCGUAAAUUGGCAGUCAAUAUGGUUCCAUUCCCGCGGCUGCACUUUUUCAUGACCGGCUUCGCACCGCUGACUUCCCGAGGAUCGCAGCAAUACCGUGCCCUUACUGUUCCGGAGCUGACCCAACAGAUGUUCGAUGCGAAGAACAUGAUGGCCGCAUGUGAUCCACGACACGGUCGAUACCUAACGGUGGCCGCUAUAUUCCGCGGACGGAUGUCCAUGAAGGAGGUCGACGAGCAGAUGUUGAACAUUCAAAGCAAAAAUAGUAGCUACUUCGUCGAAUGGAUCCCGAACAAUGUGAAGACGGCCGUCUGCGACAUUCCGCCGCGUGGUUUGAAAAUGUCGUCAACCUUUAUCGGUAACUCGACGGCCAUUCAGGAGAUUUUCAAACGUAUUGCUGAACAAUUUACCGCUAUGUUCCGAAGGAAAGCUUUCCUGCAUUGGUACACGGGCGAAGGCAUGGACGAGAUGGAGUUCACCGAAGCCGAGAGCAAUAUGAAUGAUCUGGUGUCGGAGUACCAGCAGUACCAGGAAGCGACGGCCGACGAGGAAGGAGAAUUCGACGAAGAAGAGGAGGGUGGCGAGGAAUAGAGAAGGAAUAAAAAUGGCUGAAAUUAUCCGUUAUCAUACUGUGAAUUGAAGAUCCUAUUGUUGUAAUUGCUGAAAUAAAAUCUUGUUUCCUAA